AUGGACCAAAAGCCCGACUACACUUCAUGGUCCAAUGCCGACCUCAUAAAGCGAGUGACCGACCUCGAAGUCGCCCUACGCAGACAGAAUGCCAGACAUACGACUUCGCUGGACACAUCGUUAUCGGAACCCAAGAAGAAACCAAAGAAGCCCUCGAAAGGCUUCGACCCGAGCAAAUACAACACGCGCUUGAUCGCAUUGAAGUUCGCAUACCUGGGCGGCAACUACAACGGUUUCGAGCACCAUGCCAACAAUGUCACGCCUCUGCCGACAAUCGAGGAAGAGCUAUGGAAAGCGCUGAAGAAGACACGGCUUAUCUUCCCUGUCCACAAACCCGGUCAAAGUGAAGAGGAAGUCUCGUGGGAAGGAUGCGAUUACAGCAAAUGUGGCAGGACAGAUCGCGGCGUGAGCGCAUUCGGACAAGUCAUUGGCAUACGAGUGAGGAGCGCUCGUCCUAAGACUCGAACUGUUGUGGAAGAUGCUGCGGCAGACAGUCCUAUGCCAGACGUAGAUGAAAGCGCAGAGCCACCGAGAGAGUUUGAUUAUGUACGCGAUGAGCUACCAUAUAUCCAACUCAUCAAUCGAGUCCUUCCUCCAGACAUUCGAGUCCUCGCAUGGUGUCCCCAUACGACCGAAGACUUUUCUGCGCGCUUCGAUUGCAAAGAGAGAAGGUAUCGGUACUUUUUCACCAAUCCUGCUUUCAUUCCAUUACCUGGUAGCAAAGGUGUUGCUGAGGAUGGCUCUCCUGACGAAGGAUGGUUGAACAUCGCGGCGAUGGAGGAGGCAGCGAAGAAGUAUGAAGGUCUGCAUGACUUUCGUAACUUCUGUAAGGUCGAUCCGAGCAAGCAGAUCUCGAAGUUUGAGAGACGCAUCUUUCAUUCAGGCAUACACGAGGUCAAUUCCAGUGCAGAAAGUGGAAGCUCUGCAUCGCUCUCGCCGAAGCUUUACUACUUUGAGGUCCGUGGCAGCGCGUUUCUGUGGCAUCAAGUGCGGCAUCUGGUCGCGAUACUGUUCCUGGUCGCACAGGGCUAUGAGAAGCCUAGCAUAGUCGGCGAUUUGCUCGAUAUCCAGAAGACACCCGCGAAGCCGGCGUACGAGAUGGCCAGUGAUGCGCCACUCGUACUUUGGGACUGUAUCUUCCCAGAUCUGGCCAAGCUUGAUGCUGGUGACCUUGCGAACAGUGAUGCAAAGUCCGAAUUUGGCUAUGAGGAUGGCAUGGACUGGGUGUAUGUGGGCGACGAAGCUGGUGGUCGGGACCAAGCGAAGCGCACCAAGACAGCCAUUGAGGAUGGCAAGCAUGGUCGCAAUGGUAUGAUGGAAGAGCUUUGGGCACUUUGGCGAAAGCGAAAGAUGGAUGAAGUUCUCGCCUGGAGUCUGAUGGAUGUCGUAGCCAACCAGGGCCAGAACCCGUGCAUAGACCUCGGGCAUGAUGCAUCAGGUGUGGACAGAAGUGCACGCAUGUUCGAUGGUGGCGAGAAGCCCCGUGCGAUUGGUGAAUAUGUGGUUCUUGCACAGCGAGAGUGCAUGGAGACCCCAGAUGUGGUCAAUGCCCGGUAUGCCGUGCGUAAAGGUCUGAAUGGCACUCGCAGAGCUUCGGUAGAUGAAGGCGUGGACGAAUAG